AUGGCGACUUCUCAAGAUCAACAACCUGUGUUGAUUAUUGGCGCGGGUAUCAGUGGUCUACUCCUUGCACAAAGCUUGACUCAGCAUAAAAUACCCGUCCGCGUAUUCGAGCGUGAUGCAAAUCUCGAAACACGUGGUGUAGGGUGGGGACUCACAUUGAACUGGUCUCUUACUGCGCUGCAAUCGCUUCUUCCAAAACAUCUCUACAGCCGUCUCCCAGAGGCUUAUGUCGAUCGAGAAGCUAUCAAGGAAGGGUUAUCGCCGAGGUUUCCUUUCUUUGACCUGGCUACGGGAGAAUUGAAAGCGUCAACACCGACAGCAUCCGAAGCAAGCCGAAUUCGAGUGACGAGACAAGGUCUCAGAGAUAUCUUGGCUAGUGGUAUAAAUGUUGAGUGGAACAAGGCGUUGAAGGAAGUCGCGUCUACUGAUCAGUCUGUCACUGCCACGUUUGAGGAUGGAAGCUCAGUGACUGGACGUUUGUUGGUGGCAUGCGACGGCAGUCACUCUCGAGUCCGUCGAGCGCUUUUUCCAGAUUUGAAGCUCCAUGAUGUGCCAGUCCGUAUGCUUGGUAUCAAGCUGGAGCUGACACCUGAUGAAGCAAAGCCAGUUCGAGACCUUGAUCCUUUUUUCAUGCACAGCACCCACUCAUCACACAGCAUGUUUGUAUUCAUGAGUAUGCUCGAUGCUCCUGGGAAUCACCAAGACGGGUCCUAUCCUUAUGUGCUACAAAUGUGCGUCUCUUGGCCAUAUCGCACCGGAUUCUUUGGUAGAGACGCCCCAAUCGAAAUUCCCGAAACGGUCGAAGAGCAAUUGAAGUUAAUCCAUGAAUUCGCGGAAACGUUCGCUGAACCUUGGCGGUCUCUUGCAUUGGGCGCCAACGUCGAUGCAGACGUCAAAGGUCUCAAGAUUCAAGACCUACCUCCACCUACCGAUCUUCGGACAACAGGCCGUGUUGUACUCAUGGGAGACGCUCUUCACGCUAUGGCUAUGUAUCGAGGAGAGGGCGCAAACCAUGUAAUACUAGACGUGGAAGACUUUGUCGAUUGUGUUGUUCCUGUCUUGCAAGCUGGUGGGACAUCUGAGAAGUUGAGGGCAUCUAUGGAUGACUACACAAAAGCUGUAGUCACACGAACUCGCCCGGCUGUGCUGGCUUCCAGACAAGCCUGUCUACAUGCGCAUGACUGGGAGAAGAUCAGUAGCGAGAGUCCACUGUUGACUAGACGUAUGCCCUUCGUUGAGUUCGACGAGAGUCAAUUGCAGUCAUAG